UAUCUAACGGUAUGUGAAUGGGAGACCUAUCCCUUAACCAAAAAAACUAGAUAGGUUUGCAAGCUGAAGGUAUCGACCGCUGAGCUCAGUCAAAAGUUCAGUUUUGACCAAACGUCAUUGAAAGAGACCGUCAUUGAAAACGUCAUUGAAAGAUACCUCUCUAGAAUCAGUUUUCAACGUAGAAUUUGAAAAUAUUAAUGAGAAUAAGUAAAAACGUAAAGGGAGAAAAUUGUGAACCAUUUUCUGAAAAAGAACAGUUUUUAGCUUUUUCGACCUCGUCUCAGUAUUUCGCAUUUUUCUUCAUCAAGAUUUCAUUUUUUCGAACUAAAAAGGUGAUAUUCGUGAUCAGCUCGAUCUGGCGAUUCAGAAUAUGUAUAAUAUUUCACUCUGUGUUUGACCUACGAGCAUCUUAUAAGCACCAAUCAUGAAAGAGUAAAUGUACUAUCGUCUUAGACAUAUUAAAAUAUCUAGACAAGAAUCAUCAUUAUUUAUAAUGAUCAAACGAAUUUAAAAUGAAUAAUUGAUAAAUAAUCUUUAUUUGUUUUUUAUUUAUUCAAUUAAACACUGAAUGGUCUUAAUAAUGUGUCUUGAAAUUAAAAUAAAACUUUUUAUCAAUAUUUGUUGCCGAUGAUCUACAUGAUCGAUUAUUAUUAUUAUCAACAGAAUUAUUUGUAGUAAUUAAUAAUAAAUAUAUUUCGUUUAAUGUGGAUUAUAUAUAAGACCUUGUUAUUAAAAAUUUGGCGAUGUUACCUAGAACAAUUUUAUGUACUAUAAAUCAAUCAAUUAUUUAUUUUAACAUUAGAUAAACUUAAAUUAUGAAAUAAAAGCAAAAUUUAGAUAUUUUAUCUGUUAAGUGUGUAUUAUGCAUAUACGCGUUUUCUAUACCUGUAAUUUUUAUUUUAUUACUUCUAAUCUCAUAUUCUCUUUUUAUUGACGUAACAAAUAAUAAUAAUAAUAAUGAUGAUGCAGAUAAUGAUACUGUUAGUUGUUUCAUCAUUGUCAACAGCAUCAACAUUAUCAACAUUCCCAAAAGAAAAGAAAAAAAAACGUGUUCACUAUCGAAUAUUCUUUGAAAAAAAUCAACAAAAUUUUAUGUAUGAAAACCUACAGAAGAAAAAUAGAGGUAGUCUAAUUAAAAGUCCGAAAACGGACACAAUUAUCAAUGUAAGUGAAGAGAUAGAAAAUGGGCUAAAUCAAGAUAAAAAUUUAACAUACAGUACAGGUGACAUUUUAUCAACACAUAAAGGAAAAGUCAUCAUUCAAGGUAACUACAUUAACAGUAUUUAUAAGACAAACAAAAUAAGAUAGUUGUAUAAUUCAAUGUUGUAUACUUAAUUUUAUAUUCUAGACGAACAAUUCAUUAAAAAUAAAAAUCAGUUAUCAAAUGAACAUAUAAUUGAGACUAUAGAUGAUAGUGAACGUUAUUAUUUAUCCCGUUCACUUCGUCAACGUAUAUCAAAAGCAUUAUUAUCAUGGCAAGAAUUUAUUCACGUUCAAUCAUCAUGGUCAUGGGUCAUAUUGAUAGCUGGUUUUCUUACAUAUUCCAUAGGCGAAGCUUUGACAUGUGUUUUCCCAUUAUUAUUUGUUGCACUUCAAGAAGAAUUUAAAAAUGAAGGUUCAUCACGUUUAGCAUGGGUACAAUCGAUGAUGAAUUCUGUACCAUGUCUUGUUGGACCUAUUGCAUCGACAUUAACAACACAUUUAGGCUAUAGAAAAACUACAAUGUUAGGAGGAUUUAUUGCGUCAAUGUCAUUAUUAGCUAGUUCAUUUGCUCGAAAAUUAGAAAUACUAUAUGUGACAAUAGGUUUUUGUUAUUCGUUUGGUAAUUCACUUGUGUUAGUGACCACUGUAGUAGCUGUUACCGAACAUUUUGAACAUAAACCAUCAUUUGCAUCCGGUGUGACGAUUAGUGGUGGUGCUUUUGGUCAAUGUGUAUUUGCUAUUGUUUUACAAAAAUUGAUAAAUCAUUAUAAAUGGUAUGGUGCUCUAAUGUUAUUCUCUGGUAUUGUUUUCCUUACUGUGGCGUUAGGAGCACUAUUCAGAGAAGUUGAAUAUGACGAAGAUGAGGAAGAUGAGGUACGUGAAGAUAAUCUGAGCGAGCAUGAUGAAACGCCAAUGGAAACAUUGAAAAGUAUUAAAAGUACAAAAGAUAAAAAAGUCGAGGAUACUAAUGAAGCCACGAUACGAUUUAAUCAGACGAGUAAUCAUACUAUAGAUGUGUUAUUCUCCAAUAAAUCGACAAAAAGCCAUUUACAUAAGCAGUAUUCAAAAUCAGAAUUAUGUGUACCAACAGCUUUUAGACAAAAUUUUGAAGAUGAAUAUUUGCAUAAGAAAACAAUGUCUGAUGAGUAUCAAUUAAACCAUGAAAAUCCAGUAGUAUCAACAAAUCCGAUUGAUCAACAAGUACAACAAAAUAUACCGAUGAAACAUGCUGAUAGUUAUAAAGAAAUUGUUCAUCCAAAAGGACUUGUAGAACGAUUAUCUCCAUCAUCAUUGAUUACAUCAACGAAUUCAAAGUCAAAUAAUCCAACAACGAGAAAAUAUUCAAAUGUGACUCCUUCAACGAAACUCAUUCGACGUACCCAGCGUUCAGCUAGUGCUAAUAAUUAUUCCCGUAUGGCUACUGCCCAUCAUUAUCCAUUUUAUCGUCAGCAUCAUUAUUCACAACAUCAACGACGUCGAAAUUCAUUAUCGUUUUGUCAUCAUCCAACACAUCAUCAUUCGCAUCAUACAUCCGUUUUACAAUGUAAUUAUGGCGCUAAGAUAUCACAACUACGUUUAUGUUCAAAAAACAUUUACAAUUAUGAAAGUCUAUUGAAUAUUUGUAAACUACAAAACUUAUAUUCUCGUAUCGAUCGUAGUCUAUCAUGUCCAAAUUUAGUUCCAUCUAAACAACUCAUCUCAUUUCCACCAAUUAUCGAUAAAGAUAAAGAAGAAAAAACAUCAGAAAAUCCAUUGAAAUUUAUAUACCGUGAACUAUGUCAAUUGGCUAAAGUAUUGAAAAUAUUACCAUUUUUAUUAUUAUGUUUUAGUGUAACUAUUAUCACAAUAUUUUAUGAAGCAACCUGGACAUUUCUUGUUGAUUAUAUGAAUAAAAAUAAUCUAUCAGAUAAUACCGGCUCACAUAUAAUUCUAGCCGUUGGUAUCAUCUUAAUAUUUGGUGAAAUUGGCUUUGGUUAUAUGGGUGAUAGUAAAAGAAUACAUCCUCUAUAUCUGUACGCUUGUUCAUUGACGAUCAGCGGUCUAUGUCAGUCUCUAAUACCAUUUGCCAUCAAAUCAUCAUCAAAGUUGUUACCAUUAAUGUUAUUUAUUGGUUUUUUACAAUCCGCACAAGAAGUUUUAAUGCCGAUAUUGUGUAUUAAAUUUGCUGGAGUAACAAAUUUUCCCAGGGCAUAUGGAAUGUUAUUAUUCGGUCAAGGGUUUAGUAAUCUUAUUGGACCACCGUUAUUAGGUGCUAUUGCUGAUCGUAUGGGUUCAUAUGAUUUAACCUACUACACAAUAUCCAUCGGAACGGUUGUUGCUUCAUCAUUUUUAUUUACUAUGCCAUUAGUUCAAAAAUAUUAUAAAUGUAUGUGUAUGAAAAAGAAGACAAAUUCCAGCAUAACCAGUGGUGAAAGCGGAGAGUCAGUUUGUGGUGCAUCAUCAUUAAAUGAAAAUGGUAUAACACAAGCAACUUCAUCUUCAUUUAUUAAUAACAACAGUAUUAAUAAUACUAAUACUACUAAUAAUAAUUAA